AUCGCUUUUUCGCGAGUGAGCUAGGUGUGGAAGUCUUGCAUAUUCAUGCCUCGCAUUCAAGCCUGGCUCAUCUCUCUAACCCGCUGAAGCUACUCACGUUCUUUCAACAGACCUCUCUCCCGAUUAUUCGCCUUCUCCGCUUCCCUGCAUCGCUCUCGGCACCCUCAUCGCCCCUCUGACCCGCAUCUUCUCUUCUCUUCUCCCGCUCCUGCCAUCCCCCGCCACCGACCGCCCCCCGUGGCUCCGCAUCUGCCUGUCUGGCGAGUCAUGGCCGAACGCGAGCCUGAACGUGAAGCUGAACCUGAAGUCCGGCACACGAGACACUAUUUCAGCGCCGAAGUCAGGGGCGACCCAAGUGUCGACGACCUGGUCCUGUGCACCUUCGAAGACACAAGGACAGAUCGAGCGCUAGCUCGUUUCGGCAAGGUCAUCUCCAUCACCACCAACUCUGCUGGUGAUGCGGACGAGGACGUAUUCCAGAUCGAGAUCGAUGACGUCAUCCGCAACGCAGGCAUCCCGCGACGUUGCGUCGCCUGCCUACCGGCCUUUUCGAGGAUGAGACGGAGGGCCGUUAUACGCGGUCGGGCUGCGAGAGCACGGGAUGUGGUAGUUGUGGCGACCAACGCUACUGGUUCGGUCGCUCUGGGACUUAACACAAGCGCUAUCGUCAGUAGUGCUGCUGCCCCAGAUGAUGCGGACCCACACAAACGAUGUCACAACCAUGGAUACAUGUGUGGUGUUGUCGAAUGCAGGCACGGCAGGAGCUGCGGCAACGACAAGUGGCCUCGCGGCGAUUGGACAGGCGACAGGGCUCGCGGCGAUUGGACGGGCGAUAGGGUUUACGUCCAUGUCUGGAGGCGUCAUGGCGACCACCUUCGCUUCAGCGAUGCUGAUGGUCAAUGCUAUCAGCUCAGGUGUCAGGCGUGCGACUGAUGAUGACAGGACAGCGAACAUCACUUAUGUCGGGGGAAUAGGCGGGGCAGCUGCAGCUGCUUAUGGCGGCGCGACGCUCGUCUCUGCAAGUGAGAAAAGAUGAUAACGCUACUGGUCGUACGGUCAAAAGCAAGCUGUGCUUGUGUCAAAUGUGCACUGCAGGCCCGGCGGGCAUCACGUAUGGGCUGGCCGCUCUUGGCGGUGGGUCCAUUGCAUCGAGUGGCGCGGGGAUGCUGGCUGGCCUGACUGUUCUCACCAGCGGCACUGUGGCCAUUGCAGCAGGCGCUAGUGUUGCCUUCUGGGGGCUGACCGAAGCGGCCAUAUACCGGAUCGAAAGGGACUUGAGGCAAGACAUCAGGCGUCUGCAGAGUUUGGGGGUGAUCUUCCCAGAGGGCAUAUGAGCGAAGAGGUCCCUGGUUUUACUGUGCUUUUUCGUGCUCUACUUUUUGCCCGCGUGAGUGUUUGUCGAAUGACUCACGCAACUGCACCUCGAUUAGUCGGGCGUGUCAGGGUGCAUGUAUGUGUGGGUGCAUGUGUGUGUGCGGUGAGGUUUUUUCUAUGUGCCUUUUCGUACUGUACUUUUGCCCGCGUGAGUAUUUGUCGAAUGACUAACGCAACUGCACCUUAACAAGUCGGGCGUGGCAGGGUGCAUGUAUGUAUUGAUGCAUGUGUGUGUGUCCGGUAGCGAUGUGUGUAUCGUGUCUGCCUGCCUGUGUGUAGGGAGGGACGUGUGCGGUGGCGAUGUGUAUGUCGUGCCUGCUUAAUGUGUAACGGAGAGAGGGAUGGACUGAUGCGUGCGUAGAUGGUGUGACGGUGCGUCGUUGGCGUGCCUGCCUGUCUGCCUGCCUGCCUGUCUGUGAGGGUGUGUCAUGCAGAGAGGCGGGGACGAACUGAUGCGUGUGUUUGUGUGUGCCGUGCAUGUCUGCCUCUCUGUAUGUCUAUCUAUCUGAUGUGUGUAUGUUCACCGACUGACGAUGCAUGUGGCGAUGCGAGGGAGAAGGGACGGACGGGUACUGAGGCGCGACGUGCAUGUGUCGCUGCAUGUCUACCUGUCUGUAUCUCGCGCUUGUGGAUGUACAUACGUUUCUUGUCUGUGUACAUCAAUGGGAACAGGAUUUGAUGGACGAUGGUGAAUGAAUGACUUACAUAUGUACGUCUGCAUACUGACCACAGGGUGUGGUACGCAAUGGUGCCAAGCAACAUGUAAAAC